AUGGCUGUCCAAUUCUUCCCAUUGCCGAGGCGGUUUCCGGCACCCCAGCUGCUGCUCCUGACCCUGUUGCUGCUGGCGCCACCCCCGCGGUUCAUGGGGCUAUGGGAGGAGAGCCGCUGCCAGCCCCACAGCCCAGGCUCCAAAACCAUCCUCCAUCGCCAUGUAUCCCAUGGCCCGAUCAUCUCAGUGCUGAUGCAAAUUCGGAGCUGUGGCCGUAACCCCGUACAGCUGUGCACCAGCUCAGCGGCAAAGAGGGAGGCUUCGUCUCCGGCUCCAGAGCGGCGAUGGCGGCGCCGCCGGAUGGGGCUGGUGUUGGCCGCCGCCGUCAGCCCACCUGGCAGCGGCGGCCAGGGUGGCGGUGCCGCCGCCGGCGCCGCCGCCCUCGCGGGAUCCACUAUCUCCACUUCGCUUCCUGGUGUCGACAAGGGCAGUCUGCUGAUGCGGCCCUCUUUCGAUGCCUCCCUGGACUGGGCCUCCAACGUCACAGCCAAAGGUGUCGGCGGCUGCACGCUGGCCAAGGACGCUGCCAGCCCGGCCUUUAUGCCCCGCCGCUGUCCCAAGCCGCGCCGGCCGGUGGGCAUUGAGGAAGCCAGAAAGCUGGGCUGGAAGUUCGCACCUUUGCUACACCAGCACUCCCUGGAUUGGUCCCGUCUCUCUGAUCCCGGCGCCUGGCUGGCAUCUGCCGUACUGGUGGAUCCUGUGACGUACACCACCACCGACCUGAAGACCUACCUAGGGAACAGGCACCGGGCACAGCGCGCUAAGACCGAGAAAGCGGCGGCAGAGGCGGCUGCCGCCGCUGCCACCGCCGCCGCCGCCGCUAGCGGAGGCAGUGAUGCACAGGCCAGGGAUUCGGAGGCCGCAGCCGCCAAGGCCACGGCCGCAGCCGCCGAGGCGGCUGCAGCAGAUCCGUACUGGCGGAUCCACGAGGCGUACGAUACUCAUAACUUUUUCGCGACGAGGCUGGUGCGGCGGCGUUACGUGUCCGCGCCGCCGCAGGGCCCGGCUGCGGCUUCUCCCGGGCCCGCGGGGCCCCAUGGCCGUGAGACCCAACAGCACGAGCAGCAGCCGCCACAGCCGGAGUUGGCGGAGGCCCGCUCCAUGUCAGAUUCCGACCACCCCAGCGGCCUCCGGCACCCUGGUGGGCAACAGCGACCACAUCCACCACCACAGCAGCAGCAGCGGCGGGAGCCGCAGGCUGGGGCCGGGAGGCGGAUGAUGGAGGGGGCCGGUAGCGGCGCCCGUUCCCAGCAGGAUCAGCAGCAGCACCACCAGCACCACCAGCAGCGGCGGCGGCAGCAUCAGGAGGUGGAGAUGGAGGUGGAGGUGGAGAUGGAGGAGUUGGGUUUUGAGGGUGGGGAGGUGGCGCCAGGUGCGGGUGGAGGUGGCGAAGGUGGCGGCAGCAGCACAGCGGCGGGCGGCAGACAGGAGGAGCAGGAAGGCCCCUACUGGCCACGCUUCGAGGUGCUGCAGUGCUUUUACUUACUGCCUAGUUAUCCUCCUGCUCCUUACCCAACCCGCAACCCUGGCAGUCCCGCGGACGACCCGGGCCCCUUCACCGCCGGCUGGGAGGCGGCCAGUGAGGAGCCCACGUAUGCGUACGUGUACACGUUCUGGUUCUUCUACCCGUUCAACGGCUGCUCCAACCAGCUGAUGGCAACCCGGUUCGCGGGGCGACACCAGGCGGCCGAAUACUUCCUGUGUCCGCUGGGGGUGCAUGAGGGCGACUGCUCCUUCGAGCCCGAUCCAGACACCGGGCAGCUGCGGCCCCGGGUGUACUCGGGACUGCACAGCCAUGCGAACAGCCCGCACACCAGCAACCUGAACGUGUACGCCAAGGUGAAUUUCAAGCAGCUGCUCAACUUUGACGGUAUCUACGUGGCGGACCGUUUCGCUGCCGGGGGCCCCUUGUUCGUGCCCUCCGCCGCCAACACGCGGUGGCUGCCCUUUCCCCAGGAGAUGGGGAAGGAGGGGGAGGGGGUGCCACCUGAGGACUUCAGACCGGGGGGCGCACUGGCCUGGACAGCAUAUCUGGGCAACUGGGGUGUGCCGCUGACCUCCCCCAACUUCUCCAUCACCUGCCUGACCCACAACCUGUCGCUGGCGGGUCCGUGCGACCCCCGCAACCCGCCCGUGUUCAUUCUGGACCGGCUGCUGGGGGGUGUGGGGGCCAGGCCGCUGGACGUGACCUGGACCCCGGUGUUAUCCCCCAAGCGUGUGGCCCCCGAGCUGGCUGAGCCCAUCAGCGGUCCGCUGGUCCGCCGAGCCGCCGCCUACUCCUGGGAGAGAGAGCUGCCCGCACCGCUGUGGGACGCCAGGGAGCCCCUCCCUGGACUGGGGGGCCUCAGCCUGGCAACACUGGCACGCGACACCUCCUCCCUGGCAUGUCCUCUUGCGGAAGAUGUCCACCGCACCUCCGCAUGGGGACCCGCGGGACACUACCUGGGAAACGACCCACGGGUCGCUCACCGCCUGAGGCUGUUUGUGGCUGCGGCCACCGCUGCCAUCGUGGCGGCGGCGGCGCUGUCAGCCCUGGUAGUCAAGUGCAUGCCACUUAUCCUGGCACCACACCAGAGACCCCCUCACCAUCAGCACCACCACCACGGCUGCGCUGACCAGCGCUAUGGGGGUUAUGGAGAUGGCCGCUAUUGGCACGAGCAGUACGAGGGUAGCAGAGGUCGGCUCGCCGCCGCUGCUGGGGCUGCCCCACACCUUCCGUCUCGUGUACGAUUGUCACAUGAUGGAACGGCGGCGAAGCUUCUCCGUCAAGGCACUUCAACAGUCGGUCCAUCGGCCGAUCCCCAGGCUGCCGUUGCACGGUUCUCCGAGGAUGGCAGUGGCGGCAGCGGUGGCGGCGCCGCCGGCACUGCCGUACCGGCGCAUCGCCGUUGCAGCGAAGAGCAGCCGCUGCUUGCGGCGACGGCAUCAUCUCGCAGCCGCCGUGAAGGCGAAGGCGCCGAUGACGGCGCCGAUGACGACGACGAUGGGGAUAAGCCCCGGCGUACCGCAUGGCGAGGCUGGGGCAGCUUCGCCUUCCGUACCGCAGCGGCAUGUCCGGCGGUGAAGCUCCUGCCGCUUCUCGCGUGGCGGGGAUGUUUGGCGGCAUGUCGCUGCUUUUGCGGGGCUCUGUGCUACCCCUGCCGCUUUUGCCUCCGUGGGAAAGCCGGCGCCGAUGUCAGUGGAAGCAGCAGUGGCGGCGGCGGUGGCCCCGGUGGCGGCGGCGGCUCCUCGUCCUCAGCUCGGCGGCGGCGGCGGCGCGGUCUUGGGCCCUACCUUCUGGGUUGUGCCACCCAGCCGGAGCGACGGCUCCUCUGGCUGUCCCUGGGUAUCAUGGCCUACUCGUUGGGCCUUAUCAUGUCGGUCCAGGGCUUACUGGAGACCCUUCACGCGCUCCGGAACCUGCUACUGAGGGGCCUCUGGGCUAUUGCGGGGUUGGAGGGCGUUUUUGUCGCUCUGCUCGCUGCUGGGGGAGUCAUUGAGCUGGGCCUUAUGGUGGCUGCAGUGUCCUUGGGACCCAAGGCGCCUCUGAUUGCCGCCAAGGGCAGCGGGCCCGCUAACGGGCUGCCGUCGACGGCGGCGGGGGCGGCGGGGUCCAGCGCCGCCGCCACUGCGGCCGCCAAGGUACCUUGGCGCACGUUGGCCUUACUGGCUGCGGUGGGCUAUAUGGAGGUCGCCGCCUCCCUCCACCUGCUGGGCUUCGGUCUGGCUCUGUGGGUGGGGGUACUCGGCGCCAGUGAGGGUUGCUCGGCGGCAGUGCAGGGGUUAUAUCGGAUCAUCUCUUUCUCACCGGAUGUAUGUCUGGAUCUGUCCAUGAUUGGAGUUCCCGGCCCCAGCUCCGUCACGUCUUGGAUCUCGUCUGGGGGGCUCUGCCCCCCGGAUUUGUAUAUUGUAUAUCCCCGCGGAAGCCAGAAGUUAAGAGCCCCCUCACCUCACCUCACCUCACCUCACCUCACCUCACCUCACCUCACCUCACCUCGCCUCACCUCACCUCACCUCACCUCACCUCACUUCACCUCACCUCACCUCACCUCACCCCUCACCUCACCUCACCCCUCACCUCACCUCACCCCUCACCUCACCUCACCUCACCUCACCUCACCUCACCUCACUUCACUUCGUUUCACUUCACCCGACCCCGCCCGUAUUCAGAUGUGGCGGCGACCUGAUGCAGAUGUGCAAUGUGUGGCGGCAGCUGCGGCUAUCGGGGCUCCUCCAACUACCACUCCCGACAUGCGGUGCUACUGCCGCUACCGCCGCACCAUCACCACCACCACCAUGGCCAUCAUCAUCAAUAUCAUCAUCAUUAUUAUCAGCAGCAUCAUCAGCAGCAUCACCAGUCACGACAUCCCCAGCCAAAUGGCGAUGGUGUGGCUCGCGGAGGCCCGGGGGGCUCUGGGUUGGCUGGCGGCGGUGCUGGUGGUGGUGGUUCUAUGGUGGUUUUGGAAAUGGGUUCGAUGGGGACGCCAGCUAGGGUGUUGUCGGCGGCCGGUGGCUCCGCAGUGUCGUCUUGGCGUGCAGUUUGUGUUUCAUGAUGUUCUGCGUGAGGAGUUCGUCUUCCGGUGCGCUCUGGUUCUACUAGCCGAGUAG